GAUGUUUGACGCGUACAUGCGACUCCGUCGGCCCUUUUUACCUACUGGCCUAAAUACCGUGCCAGGUGCUCGCGUCUCCAUGCCUCCGCCCUCCCAGUGUACCUGACUUGUGCAGGGAUGCCUAGCAGCAACAUCAGAUAAGAUAAGCCGCGAAGGAAGAUGGACACAGUGGGGCGACGGCCAAUGGCGGUCUAACACCUCGACGUGAACAGCCCUACAGCGACUCCAACACCGCACUUGACCUCCUCAUCAAUGUCCCCGCAAACACCCGCGCGCACGCUAAACGUCCUCGUCGCCCUAACCGACCCCUCUGCCUUCCGCUUUGGCUGCUCCAUCGUCGCGCGCCUGCAUCGCCUCCAGCAUGUCUCGUUGAAGAUCAUCGCAUGCAAGGACUUCCCGUCCACGACCCAUACGACUGUCCCGCCCCAGCUCGAGCCCGUCUGGCACACGUAUGACCCUGAAAAGGACACGACGCCUGAGUGGCAACAUGCCGACUACCAAGAGACCAACGUCGCAGAGUACUGCUCAUGGGCCGACUUGCUGGUGCUGGCACCGCUAGAUGCCGAGAACCUCGCCCGCAUGCUUCACGGUUUCACAACGAACCUGCAUUUGAAGAUUCUACGCAGCUGGAAUGUGUCGAAGAAAAUAAUGCUUAUACCGGGAAUGUCCACGCUGAUGUGGGAGAACCCCAUGUCGAGGAAGCAGAUCAGCAAGAUCCGCCGGAAGUGGAAUUGGAUUCGCGUCCUUCCUCCGUUCCUAUGGUCCUUUGACCAUUCAGGGCGAAAGUACCACCCAUGGGUAGAAGGACACAAGGCGUUCAAUGAAUCUAUACAAACCCAGAUCGAUUUGAUGGCAGUCGGUGAUCGCACCAUCGCACUGCCUACUGCCCACCUCCCCACACUGACACCUACGAGAAGCAAGGGACCCCGUCUCCCACCAGAGCUCUGGUCUAUUAUCCUGGAAUUCACCAAGGACUGGGAACUAGCGACUACCUUGAAUGUCCAUACAAACCUGCCCGUGCCGAAAGAGUGGCGACAGGCUACAAGUGAAGAAGGGCCCAAGACACAAAUGCAGAAGAUAGAAUGGGCGCUUCUCACAUAUCCGUAUUCUGAAAUUAAGGCUCUGUUCGACUCUGAGCGUCCCACGCGCAUCUCCCGCAUGUGCAUCGAACUUAUUAUGCGCUUUGCCAUGGUACCCGUUCUCAUACAUCUAGAGAAAUUCCACAAGGAUCUCUUCUGGAGUACGUUUGGACACACAUUCCUUCCUCAUAAAGCCUCAGUGUUUGGAAAGACGGAGAUCCUUGAAUAUUGGAGAACAUCCCCUACCUUCCUCACUAAAGAGUAUUCUGCGGAAGCCAUUGACAAUGCAAGUCGCGCCAACUCUGUCCAAGCUCUCGACUGGUGGUAUAAUUCUGGCCUAUCACUCAAAUACACGGAAGCUGCACUUGAACAAGCUAGCUCUCAGGGUCACAUUCACGUUCUCAAAUGGUGGAAGGAGCACAGCCGUCAUAGGACUGCCCCUUCAGUCCCUUCCUCGCCAGUCGAUGAACAGGCUCCUAAUAAACCUCAUCGAGACGACCUGCCUCUCAAGGUUGGCAAGUCGAUAACUUACGCAACACAAUCAGGAUGCCUGCCCGCAAUCCACUUCUGGGUAGAAUCUGGCAUUCCCUUCUCGCACGAAGACACGAUAGCCAAGGUUGCUUCAACUCAUGGUCACACACAUAUUCUAGAUUACUGGCGCAAACUCCGCGGCGAAAAGAUUCUCUUCGACAACCAAGUUCUCGUCGGACCAACCAAGAUGGGCCAUGCCGAUGUACUUGAGUGGUGGAAGCGCAGCGGUUUGAAAGUGGAAUACAAAACAUGCGACAUUGAAGAGGCAUUAGAGGACGGUGUAGAAGGGGCACGGGGAGAUGCUGUUAGGAGGUGGUGGGCAUUGAACGGGUUAAAUCUUGGGGUUGGUACGAGCGAGUGGAUGAGGGUGAAGGUCCUGGGUUCGUGAUGGCAGUUUACCAUGGUGAGAUCAGGUGCAAACGGUCAUGAGCAUCUUAUCAUUUUAGCAUAGCAAGCGAUUUCAAUGACAUGAUUUGACUACUUUGACUAGCAGCGGA